UUUUUGAUUCUGACUUCUCUGAUCCUCCUCUUCUUCCAGUGUCCCCCUCUUAUCGCCUGAUAAGGCUUAGCAUGUGGAGGCACUCUACACAUGCUCAGUUUGGUGUGUAGUUUUUUUUUUUUUCUUGCGUGUGAUCAGCACAGGGCCAAUCAGCACUGUCCAGACAGAAGUCAGGGGUUCUGUAAUCCUCCUAGAGAAGAAAGAAAACUCAUCCUACAAGAUUUAACAUGUGCUCUGCUGGACAGUGAUAGAAGUACCAAGACUGCACUAACUGCUGAUGAGAAAAGGUAUUUAGUAGUUUAUAUUUACUAA